AGGGAACAGAGAGGCACAGCAAUUUGGGGCUCUCCAGGGAGUUCUCCUGCUCUGCUUGUGACCAUGGGGAAGAGAGUGGCUGUAGUGCUGGCUGGCUGUGGGGUGUACGACGGGAGUGAGAUCCAUGAGUCUUCUGCUGUGCUGGUGCAUCUCAGCAGGGAGGGGGCACAGGCAGAGGUUUAUGCUCCCAAUGUGGAGCAGAUGCACGUGGUGGACCAUGUGAAAGGCCAACCAACUCAAGAGAAGCGCAAUGUGCUGGUUGAGAGUGCCAGAAUAGCCAGGGGGAACAUCAAGGACCUUGCUGAGCUGGAUGUCAAGGGGCUGGAUGCUCUCAUCAUUCCAGGUGGCUUUGGAGUGGCUAAAAACCUGAGUACUUGGGCUACCCAAGGCAAGAACUGUAUCAUCUCCCAAGAGGUGGAGAGUGUCCUGAAGGCAUUCCAUGCUGCCAACAAGCCCAUUGGCCUCUGCUGCAUCUCCCCAGUGCUGGCAGCCAAGAUCUUCCCAGGCUGUGAGCUGACUGUGGGUCAUGACACAGAGUGUGAAAAAUGGCCUUAUGCCAAGACUGCAGAGACCAUGAAGGAGCUUGGCUGCAAGCAUGUGAACAAACACGUCACCGAAGUUCACGUGGACACCAAGAACAAGCUGGUGACCACCAGUGCCUUCAUGUGCAAUGCCCCCAUUCAUGAGAUCUAUGAUGGCAUUGGCAACAUGGUCCAGGAAGUGGUCAGGCUUGCCUGAAAGUCCCAAAGGCACAGCAUCCAUCCCCCCCAUUCUUCUGCUUUUACAC